CCCCACCCCGGGGCGGAUGCUUUACACGGUGUAAGCCGCUCAAACCGCCCUCUCAGGGUUGCAGCUUUCCUCCGUGUCGGACGCCAGCCGGCCAGCCGCCGUCUUCUCUUGUUCGGCGUGGCUCUCCUUGCGGCUGGCUCCUUCGAAAGAAGCGAGCCGGGAAAGCAGGCGGUGGAGGGAACGAGUUCUUCCUCGCGAAACUGUUGCUUCUCCAGCCGAGCCCAAGCCGUGAGGAGAGCGGAGGGCAGGGACUGUGUGUGUGUGGCGGCGGCUGCUGCUGCUUCCUUCACGGUCCCAAUUCCUCCUCCCCCCCCCUUUCCUCGGCAGCCCAAAGUUUGGUUACUCAGGCGCCAUUAUCAGAAAAGCUAUGGCAGACAGCAACCAUAUUGUGAAAUCACCACAAAGUAUGACAGAUGCAAAAACACUUUCUCCUUCAGAAGGGAAGGGCAUACCUGUUAGCAAAUCUGUGGAGUCUGUCAUACAUGCAGAUGAGAGUUACAGAAUGGACUAUCCAGAAAUGGGAAUGUGUAUUUUAGUCAACAAUAAAAACUUUCAUCCAGCUACUGGGAUGUCACAUCGAUCUGGUACUGAUGCAGAUGCUGCACGUGUUGUAGAUACUUUCAGGAGCUUGGGGUAUACUGUCAAGCCUUACAAUGAUCUUCCAUGUAAACAGAUUGUUGAUGUUUUGCAAAAUGUUGCCAAGGUUGACCAUAGUAAGAGAAAUAGUUUUGCUUGUGUCUUAUUAAGCCAUGGGGAGGAUGGAUUGAUCUAUGGCACAGACGGCCCCCUGGAGCUGAAGAUGUUGACGAGCCUCUUCAGAGGAGACAGGUGCCAGACACUGGCAGGAAAGCCUAAGCUUUUCUUUAUUCAGGCUUGUAGAGGAACAGACCUUGAUUGUGGUAUUGAAACAGACAGCAGUACAGAUGAAAACAUGUGUCAGAAAAUACCUGUAGAAGCAGACUUCCUAUAUGCAUAUUCUACUGCUCCUGGUUACUACUCUUGGAGAAACUCAUCAGAAGGUUCUUGGUUUAUACAGUCACUGUGUAUGAUGCUGAAACAAUAUGCUAGAAAGCUUGAGCUUAUGCAGAUCCUAACACGUGUUAAUCGCAAGGUUUCAGAAUACAGUUCUUAUUCAAACCAUCCAGACUUCCAUGGAAAGAAGCAGAUCCCUUGUAUUAUGUCUAUGCUUACAAAAGACUUUUACUUUCCUCAUUAAGGUUUUCUAUCUUGUGACAUGAAAGCCAGCAGAAACAAGUUCGUGUUGAUGCUACAUUUAACUCUGAACAAGUUUUCAAUAUCCUGCAACUAGGUUGUAUAAAAAUUAUGGAGAGAACAGUUCUCUGUAGAACCAUAGGAAAGUUUGAUAGAUCAGAAACUUUGGUUUGGGAAAAAUUAAUGCUUGUAGACAUGCAAUAAUUUUCUAACCUCUUAUUAAGAGACAUGAAAAGGAUCAUCAUCAUCGAACUCAAGUAACUUCCACAUUAUGGCUGUUACGAAUUAUUUGGUCUUUCUCAUUUCUCUUAAUAAUGAGUCAGAAAAUUACUGAGUUUACACUCAUUUGCCUUUUCAUACUGCAGUAGAUUGUGAAGAGCAAUAAAAUAUCACAUUUUCAAUUUUUUUAAAAAAACUGAUAAUAUACUUAGGUUUAGACUAGCAGGAUUUAUUCAGAAGUAAUUUGUGUUCAUAUAAAUAAGUCAGUGUGGUUAAGACAGGAGUGUUCCAUUACAAAGGAAGGCAGUUUUUCAAAAUGGUACGAAGACUGAAAUACACUUAGGUUGCUAUUCUGAGUCCUGUGGUUACUUUAGAAUAUAAGUACUAGUAAAAUUUAUUAUUUGGAGUUUUUAUGUUAAACUAAAUAGAUGAAAAGGGGUGCUUGGAACUCUGUUCCUAACUCAAUUCAAAAGUUAUAUGGCUUUACAUUUUAAAUUUAUAUUUCAAGUUAGACUUAUGGCGUUUAAGCAUGUAGUCUGUGCAUGAAUAUAAAUAUAAUCUAAACAUACAGUGUGGUUCUUAGUAGAUACUGAGUAGUGCUGAUUGUUUAAUUGUUUUAUGAAUAAGGAUGUGCACUGUCUUCAGAUAAACAUGUAAAUAUAUACCAAAUCAGAAGUAUUUAUGCAUUUUGAGGGCAAAACAGUUGGAUUCAGCAAAGAGCCUAGAGGCACAAAAGUGUUAAAGCACCACUUUCAUGAAUCCCUCAUAUUAAACUCAGCAUUCCUGUGUUGUGAUUAGAAGUAGGAGAAGAGAAAGAAAACCUAAGAUGCUCAGUCACAACAGAGGAGAGCAGUAUGUUCUUUACCUUAGGAAUGAACUUUCCUUGCAUUUACUUCUGCAAAGUAAUUGAUUAAAUUAUCAGAGCUUUAUGGCUGCAGCAGAUCUGGAGUGAAAGGAAGUACACAGAAAUAAGACAGAAAAGAGAAGGUUCCUUAUAUUUCCCUUUUAAGAAGGUAGAAGAGAGGACCAUGUCCGUUUUUAAAAUUACUCUUGUUUCUUUUUGUCUUUUGUAUAAUUGUGUAAUGAAUCCUUUAAAAAAUCUUUUAAAGAUCUAGGGAAGAGAAAAGGCAAGGGGAGAGAGAAAUAGUACAGAAACAAAACAGAGAACAGCAAGCUUGCAUAUCUUACGUGUUUAAGAAGAUAUCAGAGUGGACCAUGACCAUUGCUCUUUUAAGUCCCUCACUCACUCCUUUUCCUGUGGCAUACCAUUAGGCUUUUCCCUGGCAGCUAGGGAAAAAAGGGAGAAAACAAAACGGAACACCCAACUUUGUAGUUCACCACUAGCCAACAGCCCUGCACUAAUCAGAAGGUGACCUGGCCUUGCCAUUUACAUUUCUCCAUUGUGUUUCUGGGUACGCACACAGUCAUAUGAUUGGAAACACCCUUGUAGCUCUGUCAGCACCUUGUUGAUGAGUAUCAGUUUGCCAUCAAGGUUUAGCAUGAUUUCUCUUACACAAGGGUAAAUCAGCAAUGGAACCGUGGCCUGUGUAUAUUAAAAUCACCAUAACCAGACUCCUGUACGCAGGGAGUAGAGUUGGAGGGAGUUUCUGGGCCCAUUUUAGACCCACCACCUGCUAAAUCUGGUCCUUCCCUUUUGUGCAACAGGCAACAAACUUUUCCCCUCUCAUGCUUAUGGUCCUUUUAAAUGCGGAAAGAAUGUCUCAUUCAGGCAUCAUGUUUAAAAAAAAAUGUGUCAUGUUUAAAAAUAGAAGCAGUUAUGUGCUUCUGGUUGUAAACAUGACAUAUUUCUUAGUUCUUCUUUGUGGCCUCUGUGAAUGCACACAAAUGGGUUAGAGUGUGCCUGCUCAGGACUCCUUAGAAUCUUCUAGAGCUUAAAAAUGUGAUGAGUAGGACAUUCCCCCGUGGCGUGCAUGCUCCACCUGCCCAUAAUACCUCAGUUCCUUUUUGCUGCUGCUGCAAUCGGACUCUUUCAUGUCUAGAGUUGUUUUUUCCUAUUCUGGUUUUUGAUUCUGUUCUGGUUUAUUGAAUAUCCUUUCUAAUCUCUGAAGAAUUUUGACUUGUGGACUGACUACAGUAUUUGGUUAUUGGAUUUUGGAUUGGCUACUGUUUGUUGUUUCUGGGCUAUUCUGACCUUCAGACUGCUUACUGUUUGUGAUUUUGGAUUACGGAUUUUAUUGUGAACAAUUGGGCUUCUGAUCUUUCAGCUUUUGAUCUUGGACAAUCGUUGAUGUUUUCCCAUGAGUGUUCCCUUUCCCCCCAUUCCCCCCUCUUUUUUCUCUUCUCCUGUUCCCACCAAUUUUAUAGCCUCGUCAGGUCUCUUUAAGCAUUGUUCAUCGUGUGCCAACAAGAUCCCCUUCACAGACAGCCACGACUGCUGCUUAUUUUGUUUGGGGGAGAGGCACCAGACUCACUCCUGUCUGGAGUGUAAAAAGUUGACCAAGCCUGCUCUUAAGCUCCAUUUGCAGAGGCUUCGUUCAUAUCUGUGGGAAAAGAUCACACCUUUGAACCCAGCAACCAUGGAGCCUACC